CGCGCAGUGCUACGGUGGCCAACUACAUCGGCUGGCGCAUCGUGCAGACGAUGGGCAUUCACAGCAUGGACCGGUUUCGGCGGUCGCGCUUUCGGUUCGACCGCUACCGCUACCUGGUGCAGGACAUCAUCGAGCUGCCGCGCGAGUGCGUGCGCCUCACCACGCAGCUCAUGUACUUCGCCGUGGGCAGGCUCUACUUUGACCGGCACAUCAGCAAGCCGGCCGAGCGGUACCGCAAGGUGUACGACCUGGCAGAAGAGGUGCGAGACGCGUUCGCCGUCCUGAUCGACCUGAACACCUGGAUGGACACCGAGACCAAGGACAGGGCCCGGCAGAAGCUCCACCACCUGCAGCUUAACAUCGGCUUCCCUCCGUGGAUCCGGAGCGACCGCGACCUGGACGAGUACUACAAGGACCUGCCCGACCUCCGCAAGGAGGAGUUCUUCGUGAGCCUCCUCAAGGUGUUGCAGAUCCACAGCCGCAUCGCGUUCUCCAAGCUGCGCAACGUCAGGCGGGCUCCGGACUUCGGAUGGUACCCGGGCAGCAUCGAUGGCUCGACCUUCUACAGCCAUCUUGGCAACUAUAUUCUUUUACCGGUGGACUACAUCCAGUACCCAUUCUUUCUACUGGACAUGCCUCCACCCAUCAACUUCGGCGCCCUCGGCUCCAUCAUUGGCCAGGAAAUCACACACGGCUUCGGAGAACACGGCGCCAUGUACGAUGACCGGGGUAAACUGGUCGAGUGGUGGACGCGGCAGACGCACCGCAAGUUCAUCACAGGAUCGCGCUGCCUGCUCGAGCAGUACGACCUGUUCAGCAACCCCGUCACCGGCAAGAAGCUGAGCAUCAACGGCACGCUCGAAAUCAACAUUGCCGACAACGCCGGACUGAGGCAGGCCUUCAAGGCGUACCGCGUGUACAUGAUCAAGUACGAGGAGCUGUACGGCAUGUACGCUAUUCCCGGGACGGAGCCGUACACCAUGGACCAGAUCUUCUUCAUCGCCUACGCGCUUUCGAGGUGCGAAGUGGCCCGCAAGAGGUCCAUGUACUCGUACCUCAACCCGCGGGACACGACACCCAGUCGCUAUCGGACCAUCGUACCGCUGAUGAACUUCGAGCGGUUCUCGGAGGCGUUUGGCUGUCGCGUUGGCACCAUCAUGAACCCCGAGCAGAAGUGCAUCGUCUGGUGAUGCCUGCGGACACAGCGCCGUGGUGCACCCAAGCGAUCGCCUGACGAUCUCCCGCCUCUCGCGUGGCUUUGAAUACGCGAGCUUCAAAUAUAUGAUGUUACGAUCAUCCUACUGUCUAGCACAACCUAGAGGAGUGAGUUUUAAACUAAUGUUCAAUAACAACAUCGGGUAUAAGUUUUUACGGUGUACACCAUGAAGUAGGUAACCCAAGGACAGCAAGCCUUGUCCUUGAAAUUUCAGUUAAGAACACAUGCAGCUGCCUUUGUUUUCAUCAAAGUUGGUAAAAUGGAAUAGAAUGUGAACACUUGACAUGUAGACUGCGUAAAUCUGAUCUCUGUGGUUCAGAGCAGGACGAGGAAUGAAGCGACGCCACCACAACUUGGUCAAAACAAAAUAGAAGAAUUGGAUGUGACAAUAUAAUAGCUGCAAUAACUAAUAAUAGAUAAUGGCCAAGGUUUCAAGUAAAACAAGUUCCUCUGCCUAGCUUGUGAACUAAUGCUGCUAUUUGCACUGGAUUCUUUCCUACAUUUUGUAGACACAUUCCAAGGUCUUGCCACCGUACGCAUCUCCUGUUUUUGUUGCAUGGCACUGACACUGGCCUUUGGUGAAAGCUGUGCAAAAGGGCAUAGCAUCAAACCUAUACCAACACAAAUAUGACGUAUCGGAUAUAACAAUGUCAGUGUAAUAAUUCGGCAACAAAUGUGUGAUAUAGAGAAGUUAUUUUUGUUUUGGGUGCGAAUUUAUUGUAACGAAGUUCGACUAGCACAUACUAUAUGGUUUAAAUAUUAGUUGCACUAAUAUCCACUUGGGGUUCCCUCACAUUUUCAUGUUUUAACUACACCAUUUAUCUCCACAGUAAACUGGGUAUUCUUGUUUGCACUUAAUUUCAGGAAAAAUAAACCAGUUACAGUCCGCAUCUAAUAUUGUGCAAUUAAUGUCAUUUUUGCCCAUCCUUGUGCGUACUGUUGCGUUGUGUAUAAGCUCGAAGCUUGAGUGGACCAAUUCCAAGAGGCCAAGCACUCAGCUGAGCUUCAAUAGCGCAGUGUAUCAGCAUUUCUGCUUUUUUCCUUCAUUUAAUGUGGCUACUGCAGCCAAGAAACAAACCAGUGAACUCUUGCUCAGUGGCAGAACAGCACAGCCGUUGUGGCAGGCUAGUAAGUGAAGCAAAUGCUUUGGCACUGACCUUGAGCAACAACAUUUAAUUCAUUCGUGGGUAAUGGAAAAAUUUACUCUGAAUUGGUAGUCCUCAAUAGCAGCCCAGCAUCCCGUCACAUUAACAUUUACGUCAACAAAAUCACACCUAGAGUGUAACCCUGACGUCUUUUUGCAGAUAUUUGCUAAGAAUCUCUCGCUUCUGCAGAAAUAAGUCAUGAAAACGGGAGUGACCUAAAAUGUCAAAAAGCUUCUAAUUUGUUCAGUGCAGUCUUGUAUGCAUGCACUUGGAGGACUCCCCUCUGCCCCAGUGUUGGCCUUAAGAAGAGAAAGAGAAAGUCCAGCGACCAUAGACAGCAAGUCUUAUUUAUGAAUUGGAAUUUCUAGCAUGAAUUGCCAAAAAUGGGUAUCUGAAAAAAAAAACAUGAAGUUAGCAAUUCUGUAACACUGCACCAAGAACAAAUAUCGCAGUUCUGUAAACUGCAUCUGUUUGAGCAUUUAAUGCACACAAAAUUAAUAUAUUUUACAGCUUGAGCUUUUACUGCUUUGGAUGAAGUAUUAGGAUGUGAAAUUUACAGAAAUUAUUACUUUUUACUGCUCAACUGCAGCAUUGUAAGCAUGAGUUUCGUUUCCAAUUUCUGAAAUUCUGGAAUUUUUAUGACAAUAUUUAAUAAAAACCUAUGGCCUAAAUAAAAAAUCAACUUCCUGAAGUUACUAGAUUUUAACUUUUUCUUUUAAAUGCAACAAACCUCAUUAAAUUAAGUGCAGUGGUUGCUGAGAAAGGUUUCGUUUAACCCCACAAGGUAUUAGUCCUUGCUGCUUUGAAGCCCUGCAGCAAUUGCAGAGAUGUGUAAAAAGGUUUCGUUUAACCCCACAAGGUAUUAGUCCUUGCUGCUUUGAAGCCCUGCAGCAAUUGCAGAGAUGUGUAUGGACAAGUGCGUGAAAUUUAAGUAAUCCUUGUAGUCCAUGUCAAGUGGUGGGAUGUAAAGGGGCCUUGAAACACUUUUUAUCAAAGCGGAGAAAGGCAUCUCAAGUGAAAAUAGGCUAUUUCAGAAAUGCUUUGCCACAAAAAGUACUUCAGUGCAUUCAGCAGAAGCAGAGUUAAUGGAAAUCAAACAAGGCGUCCACUGUGCCCCCGUUCCUCAAAGACUGCAGCGUAGUGGGGCAUGCCCACAAUGCUCUGCCUUAUAAAUGUCACUGUGGCGCACAGUUAAAAUUUCAUUUUGGAUGCUAACGUAGACACCCAGACUUCCGCCUUUGGUGCCUACAACGCGUCAAACAUAAGCCAAACGCAGUUGUCCUCACCGAGCCGUAGUGCGCUUAGCCAGUCAACCCCUGGCGGCUGCAGUAUCUACACCAUGUAGCCGACCACAGCUUGAUGUCAGCUAUCGCCCAGUAGCAGCCAUCUAAGGGAAUGAUGAACUAGUGCAUCCGAUGAAGGAAUAGUGCAUCUAGAAAAGUGCAAGGACAGGGUAUUCUAUUGAAAGGAGAGCAUUUGAGAGGAAGGCAACUUCGCGAUCCACUUGCGAGCUCUACGCACCGUGUACGACAGAAAAACUUGGCCGAAGUGUUUACACCAGCAUAUACUACCCGCGGACUAUGUUAUUUCACCAAGAUCAAGGGGUCAUUCAGUGCCCCUUUAAACAGUUUCUACCAUUACAGAAGAGCAGUAUGCAGCAAACAAGUGUACAGUUAGCAUUUGACUUGCAGGUUCUGCUGUUCAUGCUUCUUUUUUUCUAAUUUAACAAUAAAACAUGUGCAAGAUGU